AGCGAGUUUCGGAUUGGAAUGCGACCUGAGGAGCAGCAUGUUCUCUUUCGGACACCGUAAGUACUCGAAGCUUGGCACGGUAAAAAAGGAUCAUGUACAAGGUAGCAGGUGUGGCUGCUGUGCCUGGAACUCUAUGGCUGCUUUCAGGGACUGUGUUUGCUGCCACCAAGGACAAUCCAAAUGUCACCUUAAAUACAGAUGAGCUCUCCCUCUACACUAUACCACAGCAGAAGUUCCGCUAUGUGGAGCCGGAGAUAGGGCACUUGGAGCAAGGUGUUACCACUCUAAGGAAACUGGCAGAGCCCUACACUACCUGGUGUCAGCAAACAAGCCAUUCAGCAGUGGAAAAUGUUCAGGGUGCCGUUGGAAAAGUGAUGCCCAAGGUUGAAAGUGCCAUCCAAUUAGGAAAUGAGACUUUCACUUUCCUGCAAAACCCUCCUGCUGAAUUCUACCCCCGGGCUGGGGUCAUUGGAUUUGCUGGUAUCCUUGGACUCUUUCUUGCAAGAGGCUCCAGGGUGAAGAAGCUGAUCUAUCCUACAGGACUGAUGGCUGUGGGCUACACUAUGUACUACCCCCAGCAAGCCGCAUCAAUCGCCAAGAACACAGGAGACUCGUUGUACGAUUUUGCCCUGCAGGGCUACGUUAACGUAGAGAAGGUUUUCAAGUCAGUGGAGGGGAAGCCAGUGAAAAAAGAGAAACCACAGGAAAAUAAGCCAGAAGAAACGAGAUGAGAAGAGCUGCAGAGGCCAAACCCUGAUCGCAGCAGAUACGUUGUGACACUAGGAUCGUGACAACAAAACAAGAUUAGCAGUCUUCCCAGGUCCUCCCAAUGUAUGCUACCAUAAGUCAUGGUUAGGCUCGCUCCCAUUUGCGACUCUAAUGACCAGCUUUUGCACUAGCCUUCCUCUCUGGCAUUUACCCAGGAGGGGGUAGGACCUAUCACGAAGGUUUAAACUUUAUGUAUUGAAGGUUCAGCUUUGUGAUUUGAAUGUAUUUAUGUAGACCGGAAUAAAAUCUAUAUUGUACGAUC